AUGUUUUUAUUAUUUUGUUUAUCAGUUUUUUUAUGUGACUCUUUUGAAGUCUCAAGAAUUCCUCCCACAAGCACACCACCUCCCAAAAGGCAAUUUUCAGCUAUGGAUUAUGAUAAAUCAAGUAAUUCUCUACUUAUUUUUGGAGGAAAUCAAGGAGCAUCAUCAACCUUUAACGACGUUUGAAAAUUUUCACUCAAUGAUUCAUUAUGAACAAAUUUAGUAUCUACAACAAACACUAUACCAAGUAACAAUUAG